CGAUGACUCCGUACAAAUACACAUACGUCUUAUCUGACGUGGAGUUGGGCACGCACUUUCGAGUUGACUUCACUCUACGAGCCCCAAGAAACGGCAAUCUCGCGCUUUCGUCACGGCGCGGAGAUCAAGACUCUGGGAUCAUUUACGAGAUAAUCAUCGGUGGUUACGUUAACAGUAAGAGCGCCAUCCGUCGAUGCAAGCUGUGCGACAAAGGCCAGAUCGAGGUCAGCACUGUCGGAAUCGUCUCCGACUCCGAGGAUCGCGCGUUCUGGAUCGAGUAUAGCGACGGGGACGUAAGCGUUGGGAGGGGAGAAGCUCCGCCCAUGAUAAACCAGACUUGGUCAGAGGCUGAGCAAGGGGAGCGUCCGAGUACAGUCUACCUUGGCGUGUCAACAUGGCGAGACGCGAGCGGUCACUGGAUCUUUCAAAACUGUUCCUAAUUAGCGUUGCCAUUAGAGAUCACACGAUGGAUUAAAUGAGAAUUGGGGAAAACUGCUAGACAAGAGUGAAACAUGCAACAGUUAUAUACAGCCUGUUAUUCACAUUGACCACCUACAAUUGUGAAAUAAAAGGUUUAGAAUACAGUUUAAACUGUUGUAUUAUGAUUACAUUUUCAUACUGCUUGUUAUUUUGAAGUGGUAUUAAUGUUAUAUAAAUAUAUAUUUAUUUCACAGUAGGGCCUGACAGCACAGGCGCCAGUAGUAUACUGUUAAUGAUUUGCUGUAAUUUUUUAAUGGUAAAUUGCUGUCAUUUAUUGGACAGUAACAGUAUCUUAUCUCAAUUACAUUAAUUUGAUGUAGACAUUAGACACAGCAAGUUACCGUUUUCAUUGAUUAUGGGUUCAUUCUACGUGUGUAUUUAGGGUUCACGUUAAUUUUAACCCUAACCCCCAAGGCCCUUUUUGCUAUUAUAGGGACCCUC